AUGGCCUCUAGUAGCUAUUCAUCAACUGCACCCUCUGUUUUUACAGUAGAAAACUAUGUCUUUUUAUCUGUCAAAAUAAAGGCCUAUCUAAGGGCUUUUGACCUUUGGGAGGUAGUGGAAACAGGGAGAGAUCCACCACCAUUGAGAGUUGAUCCUACGUUAACUCAAAUAAAGCAUCACUCUAAAGAAUGUGCAAAAAAGUAUAAAGCUUUGUCUUAUUUGCACCAAGCUAUAUCUGAUGUUAUAUUCACAAGGAUUAUGGCUUGUGAAAUAGCUAAAGAGGCAUGGGAUAAGCUUAAGGAGGAGAUCCAUAGCAGUGACAAAACAAGGCAGAUGCUGAUCUUGAAUCUCAUAAGAGACUUUGAGGUUUUGAGAAUGAAAGAUUCUAAAUUAGUAAAAGAAUACUCAGAUGGACUUAAUAAGACCAUAAAUCAGAUAAGGCUGCCUGGGGAUGAGUUAACAGAUAUGAGUAUAGUAGAGAAAGUGCUUGCAACCUUACUAGAGAGAUUUGAACAAAAAAUCGCUUCCCUUGAAGACUUUAAAGAUCUUUCUUAG